AUGCUUGUUCCUAACAAACAGUUGAGCCUUGGUCGCUCCCACAGUUGGGACACAUUAGGGGGGAAUGAGUGUCAGUGGGACAGGGCUGAGGGUGUCUACGAGCAGCAGGCAAGAGUAGCCAGCCGGCGGAGCUCUCUGUCAUACGGAGAGGGAGGGUGGUUAGAGCUUCCACCAGGAGUGCAUCCCCCUGACCUGGAUUUGAAACGCGACCCGUAUUCCUACCAAGACUCUCUGUACGGACAGGUUUACGCAGAGCGGCAAGACCCACGGGGGAUAAGGAAGGGCUCUGUGCCUGAUUUAAACCACUACGAACGAGCGGCAAUGGCUCACAGAGGAUCCAUUCCACAUCAGGAUUACUAUUCCCAUGACCCAGCUAUGACUCCUCGGCCACCUGAGGGCUUUUACCGGCCAGAGCACCAGCCUCCGCCGCCUCACCCUCACCCACUCAGUAGAUCAGGCUCUCAUUAUGGGAUGACACCUGGGGCUCGUGCUGGGUGGGAUCAAGGUCAGGGAGGGAGAGUAGGACCUCAAGCCCCUACAUCGCCUCUACCUCCUCCUCCCCCUCCUCCAACUGCUCAUGAGUUGAGUCGGGCUUAUAGGGAAUCGAGUGCUGUAACUGCUGCCAAAAUUACGCAAGAGGGCCAGCGCAUACCUUCUCGAGAGCCAUCUCCUGCUCACUAUGGUAUGGAGCAUCCAUCUCCUCGGUAUGCCAGUGAGCCUCCACCUCUGGCCGGUCAGUCGGUCUAUACUGAUGUUAAUGGCCGCCCAUUGGAUCCACAGCAGCAGGCUGCUACAUGUCUAGUGGUAGAUCCUGCCAGUCAAGGUAUGAUCAUGAGGCAAGAGACCGCCUCACCCUACACUAUCCAACAGCAGCAAAUACAGCAGCAACAACAAAUACAACAGCAACAAUUACAACAGCAACAACUUCAACAGCAGCAGUUACAGCAACAGCAACUUCAUCAACAACAAUUACAGCAGCAACAAUUACAACAGCAACUUCAACAGCAGCAGUUACAGCAAGUUCAGCAAGAACAGUUGCAGCAGCAUCUGCAACAGCAACAACAGCUGCCCCUGCAACCUCCACCUGCCAUGCCUGUCUCUGACCCCAGCCUUUCAAUGACUGCUCCACUUCCCGCUCCACCUGCCUCAGUGCAGACCGCACUUGCAACUUGCACCGCAGUUGCUCCAGCUGCACCUGUCCUUGUGCAGGCUCCUCAAACUUCAAUCCCUCCUCCCCCAAUCACUCCACAUGCUCCUCUUCCCCAAACUGCCCCGCAGACGCCUUUGCUUAUGGAUCCCAGGAAGAUAGUUGAUCCUGAGUUUCUUGCCCUGCUGCGAAAUGAGGGCCUCUCAGAGAGCACUAUCUCCUCAAUUAUCCAACAGGGAUUUGACUCCACCAGUAUGCUGGCUGUUAUGGAGGAGAACGAUGUCCGUACUGUCGCCCCCAACCUCGGCCAGGCUCGUGUACUGUCUCGCGUUGUCCACAACUGCAAGCGGCCCAUUGAGGCUCCACCAGCUCUCUCCCAACCACAGACACCCAUGCGAGGCCGCUCUAAUAGCUUUAGCCAUCGCUCAGACAUCUACCACCAGCUGCAGCAACACCAUCCAACCUCACAGGCUUUGAAUGUGGAGGCUCACAUGAUGCACCCCCAGACCCCUGGAGCCAUGCAGACCAUCUCCCCAAGGAUGGGAGAAGUAAUGGGGAGGAGGCCCAAUAGUGCCCCCUCUCAGCACCUCCUGGAAGCUUCUGGAGGCUACCCAGGCCAAUCACCUCGCUCCCCGGGGCCAUACGCUGGAGCACUCAUGCCUGUUCAAUCAAGACCCAUGUCAGCCUACUCUUCUGGGAUGCCCAUGCAUGGUAUGCAGAUAAUGCCACAGCAAAUGACUGGGUCAAUGCCUGCCAUACCGGGGUCUAUGCACUCCAUGUCAGGUAUGCCACAGCAAAUGCCCUUGUCCAUGCCAGCUUUACCACAUCCACCACAACAGGCACCAAAAGCGUACUCUACCAAUUACACAGUGCCCAUGGAGCUGAUGAAGAGGGACAGGAAUAUACUGCCAUUAUCACCCAUGCACAGCCCUCACCCCAGUCCUCAGCUGAUGCGUAAGGGUGGGGGAUCUGCACCGGACAAUACCCUUGUCCUUAUGGGAGCACCAUGCCAAGGACAAGGUGCCCUGGCUGCUAACCAGAAGCUUAGUCGACGUACGGGUCCACCAGUCAUCGUGUCCACUAUGGCAUCUCCCGAUACAAGUAUUCGGCCACAGAUUAUGAACGGGCCUAUGCACCCGCGCCCCCUGGUGGCGCUGCUGGAUGGGCGUGACUGCACCGUGGAGAUGCCCAUCCUCAAAGAUCUGGCCACCGUGGCGUUCUGUGAUGCCCAGUCCACACAGGAGAUACAUGAAAAGGUGCUGAACGAGGCAGUAGGGGCCAUGAUGUACCACACCAUCACCCUGACCAGAGAGGACUUGGAGAAGUUCAAGGCGCUGCGCAUCAUCAUCCGCAUCGGCAGCGGCUACGACAACAUCGACAUCAAGGCCGCCGGGGAUCUCGGCAUCGCAGUGUGUAAUAUUCCCUCAGCGGCUGUAGAAGAGACGGCAGACUCGACACUUUGUCACAUUCUCAACCUCUACCGGCGAAACACCUGGCUGUACCAGGCUCUCCGGGAGGGCACGCGGGUCCAGAGCGUGGAGCAGAUCCGGGAGGUGGCAUCGGGCGCGGCCAGGAUCCGAGGAGAGACGCUCGGCCUCAUCGGAUUUGGUCGCUCAGGCCAGGCGGUGGCGAUACGGGCCAAGGCGUUCGGCUUCAACGUGAUCUUCUACGACCCCUACCUCCAGGACGGCUUGGAGCGCUCGCUGGGCGUUCAGCGAGUCUACACGCUGCAGGAUCUGCUCUACCAGAGUGACUGCGUCUCCCUGCACUGCAACCUGAACGAACACAACCACCACCUCAUCAACGACUUCACCAUCAAACAGAUGCGUCAAGGUGCUUUCCUGGUCAACUCGGCACGGGGAGGUCUGGUGGAUGAGAAAGCUUUGGCUCAGGCCCUUAAAGAAGGCCGGAUACGCGGAGCCGCCUUGGACGUCCACGAGUCGGAGCCUUUCAGUUUUUCCCAAGGUGCUCUGAAAGACGCCCCCAACUUGAUCUGCACGCCCCACACCGCCUGGUACAGCGAGCAGGCAUCACUGGAGAUGAGAGAGGCCGCCGCCACAGAGAUACGCAGAGCCAUCACUGGCCGUAUUCCCGACAGCCUCCGAAACUGCGUCAACAAAGAGUUCUUUGUUACCUCGGCACCCUGGGGAAUGAUGGAGCAGCAGCAGCCUCAAGUUCACCCUGAGAUGAAUGGUGCCGCCUACAGAUUCCCUCCUGGUGUGGUGGGCGUCGCCCCCGGCGGGAUUCCCGGACCUAUGGAGGGGUUGGUGCCUGGGGGAGUGCCCAUCGCUCACACCCUGCCCCCCGGUACCCAUCCGUCACAGGCCCCCUCCCCCAACCAACCCUCCAAACAUGGCGACCCCAUGAGAGAGCACAUGACUGAGCCGUAGGACUACUGCUGUAGCAGGGGGCUAAAACCAAUGACAACAACAACAACAACAACAACAACAACAACAACCAUCCAACUGUACGCUUGACUUCAGCCAUCUGAACCUACCAGCAGACUGCCUGCCGGGCAACGUUUCACACGUUUUGUUUUUGUAUGAAACCGAGAGGACAGUGGAUAUUAACAGUGGUUAUUACACACAUGAGCUGCCACACUGAGAUGGGACUGACCGUCGAACUCAUGAAACCUCUCCUCCCCCAUAUCUGUUUUUGUUCUUCAUUGAUUUUAAGUGAUAUUUUUUUGUUUUUAUCUUUAUUUUUGAGUAUAUUUUAGGGGAGAUUCCUCCUGACUUCUGGGACUUGUUGACAUUUCCACGUGCAGGAUGGACAUCUGACCCGCCCUCCCUCCCUGGUUUAAAAAGGACAAAGCUUGAAGAGACAAUGACUUCAUAAACCAUCCUCUUCCCCCGUCCUUCCCUCGUCAAUUCCACCCGUUUCGGCGCAAACGUGUCUUGUGUUGUUUUUUUUUUUUUUUUACUUUUCCAGUUUAUCAGAUAUUCUGUGUUCCUGUUACACGUGAAUAUUUGUUCUUUCUGUUCUUCAAGUGUGUGAAAAUGAAUGAAUCUACAGUUACACGUAUGUUUAGCGACAGCAGCAUCUCCGUCAGAAAUCUUGACUCCCCAUCUUUGCUCCUUUCUAAUCGUCGUGGCUGGCGGCCCCUGAAUGUAGAAACAGGAUGCGGGGCAGUAGAUGUGCUUUCCAGUUCCAGGAAGAAUAUUUCGGCUUAUGAGGUAAAAAAAAAAAAAAAAAAGACCCUUUUUAAACCAAAAAAAAAAAAGAACUGCCAUUAAAUGUGGUUAGAUAUUGUACAUUGCGUGUGUAACAUCAAUUUAAAUGGUUGGUGUUGUAAAUUUCCAACUCUGCUGAACUGAGGUACCUACAAUAUUUGGCAUGAACAGCGUCCCAAAUAUGACCUGUUUGCAUCCAAAGGACCGACAGUACGAUGCAGCACCAGCUGGCAAAGUAGGAAAAAAACAAAAACAGUAAAUCUCUUACUGACUCAGGAAAAAUAUUAACCUUCAAAUAUGUCCAAAUCUGAACAGAAACUAAAUUGGAUUAUUGCUUUUCAUGUCUCCACCUCUUUCUCCAUUGUGGUAUUUUUUUUUUUUUUAUAUAUCAAAUGUAUGUUUUUUGAUGUUCAAGGUUUUCAGUCCUGUUUAGAUUUGUAUUGCCUUGUUAAAUGUUCUUAUAAUCAUAGUCUUAUGUGAACGACCCCACCCCUCUCCGCCUUAUAGUUUCUUCCUCUUUGUUUUUCUGCUCUAAUGAAAGCCAGCUGUGGCUCUCGGAGGCAUCGUGCCCUCCGUGAACAAAAGCAGCCACAUCCAUCCCCCCUUUUAGCCCCAUGACGUUAGCAAGAGAUGGCUGCUAGCAGAUUGUUUGGUUUUUAGUGUUGAGUAUUUGUAUUUGUUUCUUGUACAAGGUGAACAUAUAGCAUACAGUGCAGCUGGAAACAAUAAAUAAAAUUUACUGUUCUGAUUGA